CACGAGUGGCCUACAUUAGUGGCAAAUGCCAUACACCUGACAGCUACUUUUGUUGAUUUUUGGUGUUUGCUAAUCAAAAUGCGGGACGAUUUUCAAUUUAAUAUUGAGUUCUGUGAACUAGUGGAACAGUAUGCAGUUCUAUAUGAUUACAGACGAUCGGAUUACUGCAACAGAAGUGCACAAGACCAGGCGUGGGAACAAAUAUCAAAAAAAAAACAGUGCAAAUGGGCAAAACUACAAACCAAAUCAGGACAAAAAGCUAAACGAGUCAAAGAAUAUUAUCUGGCCCCACAUCUUCUCUUCUUGGAUCCUUUCUUGAAGUCUCGCAAAAGCAAAGGCAACAUAGCUGAAGAGUCUGCAUUAUCAGCUGAUGAGGAAACAGAUGCUAAUGAAUAUGAAGAAAACGUCAACAUUGAGGUUCAAUCACCCGAUUACAUUCUAUCCACUCAUUCACCUAUACCAGCUCAAAGUACUUCUGUCGAUGAUCACCUGUUAGCAAUGACCAUCACGGAAAGGAGAUGA